GCAAAUAGCAGGGUUCCAAGAAUAACCUCUUCCCCUAAGAUCAUGGCAAGAAAAUCUUAGCCUGCUUAAUACAAGAAGACUGACUGCUUCUUUUAAAGAUAGACUGGUGAUUAGUCUUUAACAGGACAGGUGGCAAUCAGCUGUUGUGCGAAAGACCUUUCCAAAAUUCUUGGAUCCCUGAAUAGUUCACAUUUUAUUAAAAGUAUGGCAAAGUAUCACAGUCUGCUGUUCAUUGUGGAAGUACACUUCUGUUUAGCUAUUCAAUAUAGAAACUGCUAAUUUUGUUAUUUCUCUAAAUUUCUGAAUGUUUAGUACAUAGCUUCAGAUCUAAACAGACACUAAAGUGACAUGAUUCUUUAGUGGGUUUUUUACCAGAUGUUGGUGAAAUUUUGAAUUUUGCAUGCAGUAGCACUGGCUUCGCAAAUUUAUAUAAACUUAAGUAUUGUAGCAGUUGAACUCAUGGUGUAUCUGGUGUGAUAACUACAAUAAGCUUAACAAUAGUAGUUUAUUCUGGAAUAUGUUUAGUGCAGGUAUGCGGUGUCAGUUUUCAACAAGUCUUUGUAACCUUUUAAAAUUUCUGUUUAGUUUUAUGUAAUAUUUAGUAGCUAUGUAAUAUUUUGAACUGAAUCAUAAUUUGUAAUGUUAAGAAUCAUGUGUGCUAGUUUAACAUGGAUAUUUUCCAUGUAAACAGGUAUGGAAAUAGGGAAUAUUUAGGCUGGACUGGUUGGAUUAUUGAUGACUGACUUGGGAGUCGACGUUACUAAAGCAGUGUGAAUCCCUGUUUGCUUCAGGGCGAGAUGUGUGACAGAGGUGACAUCAAGCUCUUACAGUCCCAACCCUCCAACGAAAAUGGGCGAAGAUCUCAGGAAUGGCAUCGGUCACAGGAAAUCGAUAGUGGCUGGCUGCUAGCUUGGCCACUUGGGGCUUAGGCAGAGAUAUAGCCUUGGUACUGGUCAAAAGGGAUCAUAGUUCAUGAAAAUUGCUUUUAAACCUGAAACUUCCUUUUUAUGUUUUUUUAACCACUUCAGUGCUGAAAACUGCAGAAUAACUUAAUUCACGUAAAGAAAUAAUGUACAAUUUAAAUAUUUUCUUUAUCAGUAAUUUUAAAAAUAAUUUUGUUAGUUUAAAUAUAGCAGCAAAGUGGUUAAACGAGCCUAUGUAAAUUAGUAGCCCUCCAUUUUAACUGUAAAAUUUAGUAUUAAAAUUUUUGUUCUGUAUUUUCUUAUCCCUAUUCCCAUUACCCUUUUGACCACUUGAAAUGUUUCCACUUCGUCCUCAUGAUGUUCUUCUAUCAACCCUGCUUAGGAUGAGAACAAAUUGAGCAGUGCCAAUGGCCAUGAAGAGCGCAGCAAGAAUUCAGGAGCCUCCAUGCUGCUGUGGCCAUUUGGAGAACAUUCCCAGGAGUUUACUCUACUUGCACCUCAUCCGAUAGCCAUUUCACUCUAAAAUGAGAAAAAAGAGCAAGAGCAGAAGUCGUAGUCAUGACAGGAAAAGAAGUAAAAGUAAGGAACGCAAACGAAGUCGUGAGCGUGAGAGGAAAAAGAGCAAAAGCCGAGAAAGGAAACGUAGCAGAAGCAAAGAACGCAGACGUAGCCGCUCUAGAAGCAGAGAACGUCGUUUCAGAGGCCGUUACAGAAGCCCCUAUUCUGGUCCAAAAUUCAACAGUGCCAUUAGAGGAAAGAUCGGCUUGCCUCACAGCAUCAAAAUAAGCAGACGGCGCUCCAGGAGCAAAAGUCCAUUCAGAAAAGACAAGAGCCCAGUGAGAGAACCUAUUGAUAAUCUCACUCCAGAAGAGAGAGAUGCUCGAACAGUGUUUUGUAUGCAGCUUGCUGCAAGAAUUAGGCCAAGAGACCUGGAAGAAUUUUUCUCUACUGUAGGAAAAGUCCGUGAUGUUCGCAUGAUUUCCGAUAGAAACUCCAGGCGCUCCAAAGGAAUUGCUUAUGUAGAAUUUGUUGAUGUUAGUUCAGUGCCCUUGGCAAUUGGAUUAACAGGACAGCGAGUGUUGGGAGUACCAAUAAUAGUACAGGCAUCUCAAGCAGAGAAAAACAGAGCAGCAGCAAUGGCAAAUAAUCUACAGAAAGGUAGUGCCGGGCCCAUGAGACUCUAUGUAGGAUCGUUACACUUCAAUAUAACUGAAGAUAUGCUCCGUGGAAUUUUUGAGCCAUUUGGCCGUAUUGAAAGCAUUCAGUUGAUGAUGGAUAGUGAAACAGGACGUUCCAAAGGAUAUGGAUUUAUUACUUUUUCAGACUCAGAGUGUGCUAAAAAGGCUUUAGAACAACUAAAUGGUUUUGAAUUAGCUGGUAGGCCAAUGAAAGUUGGCCACGUAACUGAACGGACGGAUGCAUCCAGUGCUAGCUCAUUUUUGGACAGUGAUGAAUUGGAAAGAACUGGCAUCGACUUGGGUACAACUGGUCGGCUCCAGCUGAUGGCAAGACUUGCUGAAGGUACUGGACUGCAAAUUCCUCCAGCUGCACAGCAAGCUCUGCAGAUGAGUGGAUCGUUAGCAUUUGGAGCUGUGGCAGAUUUGCAGACAAGACUUUCACAGCAGAGUGAAGCACUUGCUGCAGCUGCUUCUGUCCAACCACUUGCAACACAGUGCUUCCAGCUGUCCAAUAUGUUUAACCCUCAAACUGAAGAAGAAGCUGGCUGGGAUACAGAAAUUAAGGACGAUGUGAUUGAGGAAUGUAACAAACAUGGAGGAGUUGUGCAUAUAUAUGUGGACAAAAAUUCAGCUCAGGGCAAUGUGUAUGUCAAAUGCCUUUCAAUAGCUGCAGCGAUUGCAGCUGUUAAUGCAUUACAUGGAAGAUGGUUUGCAGGUAAAAUGAUUACAGCAGCAUAUGUACCUCUUCCCGCAUACCACAAUCUAUUCCCUGAGUCCGUGACUGCAACUCAGCUUUUGGUUCCUUCUAGGCGAUGAAGAUGUAUUUAGUCAGUUUUGUACAUAGCUAUUUUUGGAGGAAGACUGAGUUAACUUUUAUUUAGGUAAAACAAAAGGAAAGGGUGUAACGUCCUUUUGUGUAUACUUCCUGUUAUCUUUAAACAAAAAAUAAAGAGUAAGCAGGAAUGCUGUGUGUUCAUUUUAUCUUGAUUAGCAUUCCCACUGUAUACAAAGCUGACUACUUGUUCUGCCUUGUAAUUCUUGUACAUUUAGAACAUUUUGCUAAGGUGAUCUGUAGGAACAGGUGUAGCUUAUAGAAAAGAUUUUCUGUAAAAGGUGGUCAGGACAUGAUUUUUUAAUGUUUUCACCAGCCUUUCUUUUAAUGCAGGUAUUACAUUUUACAUUCACUUAAGUGUAGAUGCUCUGCUAAAGGUUAAUAUCAGAAUUUAACUGGACAUAUUUAGUGUGGGUUUUUGUAUGGACUGAAAAUUCAAGAGGCUACUGACUCUUUCAGUCAACUGAUCACUUAAUGUUUGGUCAGUUAUUGUUGACCAGUUGACAGCAUUGGGGAAGAUUAGAGCAUUUUAUUUCUAGAUGGUAACUUGAUUGUUUCUGUAAAAGUUUCUUGUAAAUAAGGUGUAAGGUGUGUUUAGAAUUCCAAACAAAGCUAUCUCUGCAUUUCCAAAUUAAAGGUCCAUUGAUUGCAGGGAAUGUACCUAGUUUGAAAGUUGAAGUAGGAAAUGCAGGAAUAUAUUUUGUCUGGUUGCAUAUAAUCUCUGCUCUUUUUUAAGCUCUGUGAGCUCUGAAAUAUAUUUUUGGGUUACUUCAGUGUGUUUGACAAAACAGCUUGAUAUUUCUAUCAACAAAUGACUUUCAUAUUGCAACGAUCUUUGUAAGAACCACUCAAAUAAAAUUCUCUUAAAGGCC